CGGGACAUAGAGAAGGAGAGAGAAAGAGAAAAAAAAAGGAAACAGCGAGCUGAACCAUAACCAUGCCCUUGAGGUAGUCGGAGCAGCCUGGCGAUGCCCCUCCUCGUCCGCCUCGCCGCCGUCCCGGGCGGCUGCUGCCCGGUGCUCCGCCGCGCCCUCGCCGCCCUCUCGCUCCUGCUCGUCCUGGCCGAGGCGCAGCUGCUCUGCUACUACCCCAACGGCCAGCAGAGCACCGACGUGCCCUGCAACGCCUCGGCCCCGGCCAGCAUGUGCUGCCAGUCGCCGCGCGCCUGUCUCUCCAACGGGCUGUGCGCUGCCUUUGGGACCGGGCCCGACGCGGGAACCAGCUAUAUCCGUGGCACCUGCACAGAUCGGUCGUGGACCAACCCCGUAUGUCCGCAGCGAUGUAUCCUGAACCAGGACACCAUCAGCGCGGACUCGACCUACGACUUCCGGGCCAGCGGCGUCAACGUCUGGGGCUGCGGCAGGCCGGGCUUCGCCGCCGACUCGAGCUACUGCUGCGAGUCGGCCGCCGAGCGGUCGCGCUGCUGCAGCACGUCCACGGCCCUGUUCCGCCUGCCCUCGGCCACCGUCGGCAACGCGCUCAGCCAGUCGUUCGCCACCGCGACGGCGGCCGGCUCUGGGACGACAUCGCCGCCGCCGCUGCUACUGCUGCCUUCCACCGCCGCCACAUCGCCCGACCCCUCGGUCCGAACCACCACACCGCCACCGUCCCCGCCCCAGGCGGCGGCCCCUCCCGUGCUGGACCAGGGGGCCAAAAUCGGCCUCGGGUUGGGGCUGGGGCUGGGUUUGGGGCUGCCCCUCGCCGUCGUGGCCUUCAUGCUCGUCCGGCGGGGCCUGCGGGAGCGGGACGGCGGCGACGACGACGGGGCGCGGGGGCGGCGGGCGAUGCUGCGGCCGCCAAAGGCGCACGACGACAUGGCCGACCUGUACCGGGACCUGGCGCGCGAGUCCAUCGUCUCGUACGCGCAGUACAACGGCCCGUACAAGCCCGUGUACGUCGAGAACGUCGACGGCGUGACCAUACUGCUGGACGCGCGCUCGAGCCAGUCGCGAUAGUGUGGGGAGAAAAGGUGGUGGGCGCUGGACACCUUCAUGUUGACGGGGGGUUUUUUUUGUGACGACAUCGUACUGGAACUGGAUCGUGAGGAUUUGCGACAUUCACAUUUGAUCUUUCCGUUUAAUGCAUAUUAAUAAUCAGGUAGAGGUAGGUAGAUGCCUAUCGAGGUUAUAAUCUGUUCUCCA